CGGCCCCGCUCAGCCUAUGGGGGCGGGCGCCGGGGCGGUCACCAAUGCCAGCCCAGCGGGGGCGGAGCGGCGGCGCCCGGCUCGCAGUGGCUGGGCUUCCCUGCGUGCGUCGGCUCCCGGGUGGCUGCCAGGCUGGGGGGGACCCGCGCCCGCUCAGAGCCGAGGGCACGAUGGCUGACAAUAAAACAAAGUCCACUAAACCUGCAAACAAGACCCCUCCAAAGUCUCCUGCAGAUCCAGCAAAAGAGAGAGCAGCCAAAAGGCUAUCUUAUGAGUCCAACAGUUCCCACGAAGGGGCUAUGGCAGCAGAGCUUAGUGCUCUAGAAGAGGCUUUUAGAAAAUUUGCCAUUCACGGAGAUACCAGAGCCACAGGAAAAGAAAUGCAUGGGAAAAACUGGUCAAAAUUAUGUAAGGACUGCCAUGUGAUAGAUGGGAAGAAUGUGACAAUCACAGAUGUUGACAUUGUCUUCAGUAAAAUCAAGGGGAAAUCUUCUAGGACGAUUACUUUUGAUCAAUUUAAAGAAGCUCUUCAAGAACUCUCCAAGAAACGAUUUAAAGACCAGAGCAAUGAGGAAGCAGUUCAAGAAAUACAUAAACUAAUAGAAGGAAAAGCCCCGAUCAUAUCUGGAGUAACGAAAACCAUUUCAUCUCCAACUGUAUCACGACUUACAGACACGACAAAAUUCACUGGUUCCCACAAAGAGAGGUUUGAUCCAAGUGGGAAAGGAAGAGGCAAAGCAGGACGAGAAGACCUGGUUGAUGCGUCAGGCUAUGUGCCUGGGUACAAGCACGCAGGCACAUAUGAUCAUAAAGUACAAGGAAGCAAGUAAGCCUGGGGGGUUUAAAAAGAGAGAAUAUACCUGUAAGAAUGAUGUAGAUGAAUCCCACAUGUUUCAGUUAUCGUGAAUGUGAAGACUAUGUUGGCGAGAAGUGUUUUCAGGAACUGGAACUGAUUUCAACAUCCGCUGAGAUACUUGCAAGCACAGCAACACUUCAUUACAUUCCUCAUGCUUACAUUGGCAAAAAUAUCAAAUACAAAGUUGUUGAGCUUUAGACAAGAAACCAAAUGCAAGGGCUGUUCUACCACACUUAGUCAAUACUGGUAAAAGAUCUCAAACAUUCCUAAAUGUCCAGUUCUUUCUUGGGUAUAGAAGAAAACCGCUCUCCAGAUAGUUGAAAAGAGGGUCACUGUAAAUUUUCCUGUGAUAGCAGCCUUUCCGAAGAGCACCCCAAUAUUUAUGUAGUUUGAUUUGAAUACUUAUUUAUUUGAAAGAUGUCUUAAAGAGGAUCCAGCUCUGCCCUCAAAGACAAAAAUUCAGUAUUGUACUAGUGGGAAGUAAAUGGUUGUAAUAGGUUGCUAUCCUGAAAAGAAAUAGAUUUUCCUAGACCACUGGUGAACAAGAAAAGACUUAUUCCUCCUUGCUGAGACUAUUUAGGUUCCAAUGUAUUUGUCAGCAGAAAGAUGUGGAAGAUACUAGCCCUCGUCUCUUUACCCCCCCAAAGCCCAGGACUUCUCAAAACCAAUACUGUACUUCCUGCAAGUUACCGCAUGUAUUGGUAGCAUGGUUCUAACUGAAACCACAGGACAUAAAAGGCGCUAAUGUACUAACAUGAUUUAUAGAGGAACUAGAUAUAUUGCUAAGGAAGUCGUGAUAGAAAUAUUAAUCUUGGUUUUUGGUUUGCACAGGGCAAGUGAAGGGGGCAUUAAGAUGAUGGAUUAUACGUUUUAAACUUUAUGUUAAGUGUGAACUAAACACCACUGAUCAGAGUUUCAUUGAGCUAGGCACAUAUUCUCAUGCACAUGUACACACAUACACAGGCACAUGCUCCUUUUUAAGUUGUGACUGCGUUAAGGAAGGUCUGGGACAGCUCUGCAAUACAGAAGUUCAAGUAAGGACAACUAAAUUAUCACCACAAAAUAGUAAUUUGUUAGUCCUUUAUUUUACAGUUAGGUGCGUCUCACCCCCUCUAAAGAUAUAUUACGAAAGUUAGCUACAUUAUUUGUUAAGUGUUCUAUGUUUGAAGCUAGGGGCUCUUUUCUCCUCUUAUUUGGACUGUUCAGUUUAAGUCAGGAAUAAUUCCUUGAAGGCAAUCAAUUUCCACUGGUUUAGAGCUGCUGUAAGAGGAGAAUCAGGACCACAGUCUUAAUGAUCUAACAAACUGGCCACUAAGUAUCCCAUAUGUGGCCACCAUAACAAGUGGUAUUAAUUGAUAAAUCACUGAAAAAUCUCACUCAUUUGAUAUUGCUUAAAAAGUAAGGAGAAAUAUCCAUACAGAAAAAGUGCAGGGGCUCAUUAGCUGAUCUCUAUAUUCUACAUGUGGUUAUUGAUAUUCCACAAAGCAGAAUAAGCACCACAAUGUAUAAUAUAAAAUGAUAAAGGAGGACUUUUAGUUGGGUAUUUGAUUACAACCAUUUAAAAUUCUGCUUUGCUUUCUAUUAACUGAAGUUCAAGCAUUAACUUUAUAACUCCAGAUAGUACAGGGUAAUCACCUCUGUUGCCUCUCUGCCACCAUCUGUGUCAGGGUUCUAAUGUACACCGAACAGGUAGCGUUAGUGAGCUACUUAUAUACAGUAAGCAGUAACAUAUGCUAGUUUUUCAUGCAGGCCAAUACCCUGUAUUUGGCACAUGUCCAGACACUGAACACAGGUUCAUCCUUUGAACAGAUGGUCUUUUGUAUUCUGCUGACUUUCUAUAGAAGCCUUUUUUGUAACUUUGCCACCACUGACCUUUCAAACCAACACAUGAACAUGAAACCAAAAUAACAAUAAAUAAAAAGAAGUCGUCCCUCAUGGGCUUGGAAUUUUUUGUUUGUUUGUUUGAUUAUAGUUUGUUUUGAUUUUUGGUUUUCAGGAGAGAGGGAAGUCUGCACAACCCAGUGCAUGCUUCUAAAAGGUCUUGUUUGUGUGUUUUCCGCUUUAAGCCCUCCUUGGUGGUUCUGGUUACCUGAGACAAUUUUAGAGAUACACCAGGACUGUCAGUGUGUGGAAGUAUUUGUUUGUGAAGCCUUUCCAAGCGUUUCAGAGUUAUCCACUUUUCCUGAACCAUCCAGUUCCUGGAAAAGGAAAGGUUAGUUAUCCAUUUACACAUCAUACUGGCUACCUGCCUUCCCCUUCAAGGAGAGGUAACAGCACAAACCCACUUUCAGAUAUUUGUUAUGGCCAAUUAAUUCCAGAAAAGCAGUGGAACACAGAGUAACUGGUAAAGUGUAGACUAGAGCACACAUUCCUUCCUGAAAUGUCCCAUAAAGCUACAAAUCUGGAUAGUGCUCAAGGACAGUCAUUUUACUGCAAUAGAUGUGUAACAAACCUUGAAUUAUUUGUAAAACACUAUCAAAGCUGAAUAUUGCAAAGUUCACAUUAGUGCUGUCAAUUCAUUUCAGUUAACUCAUGCGACUAACCCCCCAAAAUUAUUGUGGAUAAAAAAAUUAAUUGCGAUUAAUCACACUGUUGAACAAUAGAAUACGAACUGAAAUUUAUUAAAUAUUUUUGGAUGUUUUUCUACAUUUUCAAAUAUAUUGAUUUCUAUUACAACAUGGAAUACAAAAUGUACAUUGCUCACUUUAUUUUUGAUUACAAACAUUUGCACUGUAAAAAUUAUAAAAUAAAUAGUAUUUUUCAAUUCACUUCAUACAAGCGCUGUAGUGCAAUCUCUUUAAUCGUGAAAGUGUAACUCACAAAUGUAGUUUUUUUUUUUUUGGUUACAUAACUGCACUCAAAACAAAACAAUGUAAAACGUUAGAGCCAACACAUCCACUCAGUCCUACUUCAGCCAAUCGCUCAGACAAACAAGUUUGUUUACAUUUACGGGAGAUACUGCUGCUCGCUUCUUGUUUACAGUGUCACCUGAAAGUGAGAAUAGGCAUUCGCAUGUCACUUUUGUAGCCAGCGUUGCAAGGUAUUUACGUGCCAGAUAUGCUAAACAUUCGGAUGCCCCUUCAUCUUUGGCCACCAUUCUAGAGGACAUGCUUCCAUGCUGAUGACGUUCAUUAAAAAAAUAAUGCAUUAAUUAAAUUUGUGACUGAACUCCUUGGGGGAGAAUGGUACGUCUCCUGCUCUGUUUUACCCGCAUUCUGCCAUAUCUUUCACAUUAUAGCUGUCUCGGAUGAUGACCCAGCACAUACUCAUUUUAAGAACACUUUCACAGCAGAUUUGACAAAACGCAAAGAAGGUACCAAUGUGAGUUAUCUAAAAAUAGCUACAGGACUAGACUCAAGGUUUAAGAAUCUGAAAUGCCAUCCAAAAUCUGAGAGGGACAAGGUGUGGAGCAUGCUUUCAGAAGUCUUAAAAGAGCAACAUUCAGAUGUGGAAACUACAGAACCCGAACCAUCAAAAAAGAAAAUCAACCUUCUGCUGGUGGCAUCUGACUCAGAUGAUGAAAAUGAACAUGCAUCGGUCUGCACCGCUUUGGAUCAGUAUCAAGCAGAACCCGUCAUCGUCAUUGACGCAUGUCCUCUGGAAUGGUGGUGGAAGCAUGAAGGGACAUAUAAAUCGUUAGCGCAUCUGGCACGCAAAUAUCUUGCUACAACAGUGCCAUCCGAACACCUGUUCUCACUUUCAGGUGACAUUGAAAACAAGAAGCAGGCAGCAGCAUCUCCUGCAAAUGUAAACAAAUUUGUUUGUCUGAGUGAUUGGCUGACGUAGGACUGAGUGGACUUGUAGGCUCUAAAGUUUUACAUUGUUUUAUUUUUGAGUGCAGUUAUUUUUUGUACAUAAUUCUACAUUUGUAAGUUCAACUUUCAUGAUAAAGAGAUUGCACUACAGUACUUGUAUGAGGUAAAUUAAAAAAAUACUAUUUCUCUUGGUUUUUACAAUGCAAAUAUUUGUAAUCAAAAAUAAAUAUAACGUGAGCACUGUACACUCAGUAUUCUGUGUUUGUAAUUGAAAUCAAUAUAUUUGAAAAUCUAGAAAACAUCCAUAAAUAUUUAAAGAAAUGGUAUUCUAUUAUUAAAAGCACGAUUAAUCGCAAUAAUUUUUUUUUAAUCACUUGACAGCCCUAGUUCACAUGGCUGUUGAGAGCCUGACCUGAAGUCAAUGGGAUCUGCAUCAAGCCUAAAUUGAAGGCCAAGUCCUGCAAGUUGCUAAGCCCCAUCAACUGCUGUUGACUUCACUGUUCAUCACUAGGAAGUUGCCUCAACUAGUGUGACAGGCUGUACCCACCUCCUGCAGGGUGAGGUGUAGGAGCUAUUGCAUCUUUGAAACGCUGCUGAUCCCACAGAGUGUCAAGGCUUCAAAGAGCGCUGCUGUGCUCUACUGCUACCCAAAUGUGGCAGGGCACAGCAGUGAAGAGAUUUAAAGUUGUGGCUCUGGGUGUUUGAGAAGCCUUACAACCUAAGGGUCUGACUGUGUGCAGGAGUUCCAUGUUUGGAGUGUGUGUAGGUCCUGACCCUAAGGCUAGUGGGUGCAGGUCAUAGUUACAUGCUGAAAAGGAACAGAACUAUUGAACUACUCCUUGUUGCAUAGACAAGCUUGAUAGCACCAACAACACUAUUACUAUAGUUACUGCACACUACUUCUGGCUUACAAAUAGGCUUGGCAGAAUUUGAUUUUUAUUUUUUUCUAAUUUCAUCAGAUAUCAAUAUUUAUUUUAAAGCAUCCCCCCCCCCCCCCAAAUUUUUAUUGAUUUUAAAUUUUCCCAGUUGGGGGUGGUCAGACCAUUAUUUAAUGACAGUUGAUGUUGCAGGUCAAAAAAGUUAGCUUUGCAACCAUUAAAACACAAAUUGUAAACAUCAUAUGUCAUAAUACGCAAAGUAAAUAUCCUUAAAUCAAAUUCUAGUAAGUUCUCAAGCAGCAUUUUUCUUACGUUGCCUAUUGAUAAAUGUUGAUGAUUAUCUAUGGCAAUAUUUUCUGUUGGUUUGUUUGUGUGCAGUAAAAUGGAUGUUUACCAACAUUUAAAGAUAAAACUUGAAUCCUUCCAAGCCUACCAGAAGUUCCUACCAAAAGAAACAUGCUCUAUAAGGGCCUUAUCCAAAGAGCACUGAAGUCAAUGGAAAGUCUCCUAUUGACUUCAGUGGGCUUUGGAUCAAGCCUUAAGAAAAUAACACCAACAGCAACAUUAUCGGCUGACAGAAGCAUUUAUAUAUUUCCUAUUAAAAUGUUAAAUGGAUAUUUAUUUUAAUAUUUUUUCAAUUGUCAAUUUUUAAAAGCCAAAUAGAACAGGUGAAGAAAAGUUACUUUGAAAUGAGGGUGAAGAGGGAAGAUAGUAGGAAAGAAAAUCUUUUGUGAUGAGUCUUUUCUCUGCUGCUAACUGGAGGUGAGAACACAACAAAAGAGUGACACUUACUUUCUGAGAUUCAGUGUCUGCCUAGCCCUUACAGGGUGGGAAGGAUGCAAAGAGCCUGCCCCUUGUGUAGCCUGCAUGAGGGCUAGGCACAGUGGCAGCCCCUGCACUUGGAGAGCAGGGAGUGCGGAUGAUAACAGCCAUAUGUGUAGGAGGCAGCAGGCUGCACCCCAAUAAGCGGUGUAGUAGUAGGUGUGCUUCUAUUGUACACCAUUACUCUAGGCUGGGUAAAUGGCAUGGUCCCUAGUCAGGAUUUGUGUACAUUGCAGGUUUUCUGCUUGUGAUCUUUUUCCAUGCAUCUAAGUCUGUUCCAUCUGACUGCAUUCUUGUCAGUUUGAUUUGAAACACCCAAUGCUUCUCAAUUCACACACACACACACACACAAAAGUCACUGUACAAAUCUUGCAGUCCUCAUCUUUUGUUUUCAUUUAUAAUUUGAUUUUGCAUCCUUUGAAGCUCAUAGUAUUGAAACAUGACAAGAUACUUCAAAUGUGGUAUUGCAGAUAUCAAAAUCUAUAUUUUAAAAACAAAUCAAACACAAUUAAUUUAAAAAUAAAUUCCAUUCGUAGGUGUAGUCUGGGGGGACCAGGGGACAUUAUCCUCCCUCCCUCCCCCCGAAACUGCAAGCCUGGGGCAGGCACUGUUGGCCUGACUGGAGCUGCCCCUCCCCACCCCCAAAUACAGAAGUCAUAAUAUGCUUAUGAUUCCAUUAACACCAAGGCAGGGCCCAGUCCUGCAGAGCCUUACACAUGUGCUUAACUUUACGCCCUGAGUGCAAAGUUAAGCACAUGCAUUAUGAGUCUUUGCAGGAUCAGGGCCCAAGAAAUUAAAGUGCUGACUGGGGGGAAACAAAUGGAUUUUUAAAAAGUGAAGUGACACAAAAAUCAGAUUUGAUUCUUGCUUUAGUGCUAGUUUAAUAAAUUAUUUUGAGUAUAUGAUGUGCUUUAAUGUUUAGUCAGUGUAGUUCUCUCACGCUUUAGGAUUUUUCCCCAGUAAUCACAUUUAUAUAGAGCAUUCAGUAAUGGACGUUUUUGUCCUUUUAUUUAUGGCCACGGAAGCUCUAACAACAGCCUUAAAAUAACGCAUGCAUUUAAAAAGGCAAUUUUGCUUUAACAGCUCUUCUGCAUGAGCAAUUAAUGAUGAAUUCUAAUAAAAUAUUUUUAUGAGUCCAGAUUAAGUAAAUAUUUUACGCGGGGGAGACUGGCCAGGAUAAAGCCACCAGAUUUAAUAUUUGCAGUUCACCAAAAUUUCCUAGUAACUGUGUGGUUUCAGUAAGAGAUUUAUUGUUGGUUUUCUGUUUGGUAUCUUCAAACUCAAAAGCCUCUUCAAAGUUCAUAGUUUUCAGCAGUUUAGGGAUUCCCAUCUGAAGAUAUUUUUGGCUAAAGCAUGGCACCGGCACAUGUUAUUGAUCUAUGUCGACAAGAAAACGUGCUGGGGUUAUAGGAGGCCUAAACCCUCAAUAAAUAUUUUGAACCAUGCUUGGUUUUUUUCCUCCGCUCACUCUAUUCGUUUUUUUUUAAUUUACAGCACCUGACAUUUCAUUUCAUGCUUCAGAUCUACCAGUAAUUUUUACUGACUUGGUUCGCGGUGCUGGGUGUACCCCCAUAUAUUUGACCCUUCCCCAAACAUCUUAAAACUAAUUUGAAAACCAAUUUUUAUUUCUUUUAGGCUAUUAACUAUUACAAACUAAAGUUUGAUUCUUUGUGCCUCGGUGUGCAAUGCCAUAUUGCUUGAUAUUUAAAGCAUAACCCUGCCUUACAGUGAUGUAUGGAUGUACUUGUUGGGGCAUCUAUUUGUGUCCUGUUUGUAAUCAUGAAGAGGUGUUCUCUGCCCUCCAUUGGCCAAGAAACAAACCAUUUUGAUCUCAUAAAAAGGAGAAAAUGUAAUGUGUUGCAUGCAUUAGCACAUGCCCUCCAAACUAUUAGCCUUGAGUGUGUGCCAAAGUAACCACACCUUUUUGUACAGCAAACUAGAAGUACUUUACGUACCCUGCCAAUUGCUCAGUAGUGAGUAAUAUAAUACCCAAGAUUUGUACAUGUUUGUUAGCAGGUGUGUAUGUGUGUGUACCGACGCUGUAGAUGUAACUAGUAUUUGUGUCAUAUGUGUGCUGAUCCAAAACUUAAAGCUACCAGGGCCAAAUCCUGGCCCUUCCACAAAACCGGACCAGAGCUGUGUGGCUCUGAUGCUGCAAAGCCCUCUCUAUACAAUGGAGGACAGAAAUCCCUGUCAGGGCAGCUCUAUAGCUCCUGCACAGAUGUCUAACCCGUUCCUGGUUCUGGAGGGCAGCGUCCACAACUCUGUCUCUCGCUGGACUACGUUGCAGGGCAACUGCAGAGUAGAGGGGGGUAACACCACAGGAGCACGCCUCCCUGAUGUUCCACCAGGAAAGGAAACAGCUAUCAGUCAGGGCGAGGACAAUAGGUCACCAGAAUGGAUGCCCUCACAUGCCCGCCAGGCAACAUUUUACAAUUAUCCAUGGCAGGGAGUCCCAAUUCAUACCCUGAGCUCUUUGGCCUCAUGCACUUUUGCAGCCCUUUUUCGUUAGGCGGGUAUGUAGUUACUGUACAGACCACUACACCAGGCCAGCCAUCCUCAGCAACAAUCAGGUCAGUGCAGAGCCCAUGUAUUUCUGGGGGGGAAAGGACUAAAAAUGUGUCCUUUUAUUCCCGUGGAACUGGGCCUAAGGUGUUGGCCCAUAAUGAUUACACAAGCCCAAAAAGUAAUAUUCAAAAUAUGAAACAACAGUGCAGAGGGCUCAAAUGCGCAUUAAACUCCUAAUAAAUGCUACAAGCCACGUAAUCAAACUGUGUGCCUCAGUUGGACACCUAAAUAAAUCCCACAUUGGCACUUGGUGCCCACAUGACCAUUGGAGCACCCAAAUAUUUGAAAAUAGGGCCUAGGCUGUUUUCAUAUUUUUAUCCAUAAAGGCAGCAAGAGACACUCUACUACCAUCACAAUCACCUGCUAGAUCCCCAAAGCAAUGGGAAUAUAAGAAGGAAGCUCUUGAAACGUUGCCUUUCAAACUAGUGAUGGGGUAGCCUCCGAAGGUUUGGAUGCGCUGCAGACAGAACCUCCAUUGCCCAAGAACUGAUCAUGAGAUCAGGAGCCGUGGGGAUACUGCAUGGACAGCUAUUUUUUCAUAGUUUUCCAAUAUUUCCUCAUCUAUAUUGCGCUGAAGCCAGAGAGGUGGAUUUCAAAACAAGGUAAAAAGACAAGUCUAAUUUUAGUUUUUGUUAACCUUGGAAAAAAAGGAUUAGAAUUAAUUUGGGGCUUGGAUUAGCUCUUAUUUCAUUCAAACUACCUUCCCCUUUCCUGCUUAUGUGGGGGAAGUGGAUUUUUGCUGUAACACAAGGCAAUUGAUUAAAAAUAAGGAAAAUAGGCGUGAGUGCAUUUGCUGGAUAUUGACACAUGCAUGGUGGUAUUGAAGUGUUCUAAUGCCACUCUGAAAUGGAUAUUAUACUGUACCAUCUUUUCUUAUGCAUACAGAUCUAUUUGGGCAAGCGUAAACAGUAUACAAACAAAUGCCAAGAUUAUCCAAAGUUGGUGUCUAAAGUUAAGCUCCUAAAUUCCUAUUUAAGUAUCCAAAUAACUGGCCUGAUUUUGAAAAGUGCUGAUCAUCCAGCACUCUCCACUGAAGUCAAUCACUCAUCAGGUGAUGAGUUAAUUUUUGAAAUAUAUGUAUAAGCAUCUGUUAACUUCCUGAAUAACUGAAAAGUACAUGGCACUUGAAGGAAGCCGUUUUCAUUGUACUGUUAAUUUUUUUCUGAAUAUAUGUUUUAAAGAGACCCGUCACUUAGUGGUUAUUUCAGCCAGUGUUCUUAAUAAUGCAUGCUCAAGAUUCAAUUACUUUUGAUUUUUAGUGCCACAUGAAUAAAGUUAUAUUCAAAUUAACUAAAAAUACAGCCUUGAAAAAUAUACUCACAUGCCUCACAUAACUCUCCAUUUUAACCAGGAGUUAUUCUACGGAUGGUUUAAAAAAACGAGGCAAGACAGAAGGGUGAUCUACUCCCAGAUGAUGGUGCAUUAUUUCAGGUUCCAGUUUACAGUAGAUGAAUUUGUGUUGGUACUUGCUCAAGUGCUAUUUUAAACAUAUGAAAUAGUUCAGCAUGGGCUCGGUUAAAGACUGUUGGUGUUAAUGGAGUCAUCAAAUACAGCUUUUUAUUUUUCUGUGGUAAAUUAUUCUUACUAACUAUAUAAACAUCUUUUAUAAAGGCCUUGUGUAAAAGCCUGGACACACACAGAAGAGCCUAAAGCUGUUGACAAAGUACAUUCACUAAGCAAUGAAUUACAUGAAGUUACAAAGUCAAAGACAACAACAAAUGAUAGUGUGUAACAUGAGAGUGUUUUUCUCUGUGCUGGCUUCAGAAUAUAUUCGCCUCAGCAGACAACUCCACCAGGAGGUUUUCCCCCAUACUGCCAAUAGUAUAAAGUGGUUUGUUUGGCGCGAAAUGCUGCAGAUUAAAGAAAUGGUCGAUGAUGGGUAUAUAGGUUGAGGUUUAUCCUUACCCAGAUUUAAUCAUGUCAUAAAUUUAAACAUCAUCGGAAAAAUAUAUAUUUAUACACAGGAAUAUUUUUUGAAUUCAGUUUCUGGGUGUUUUUUAUCAUUCAUUUUCAGCCAUGGCCAUUUAUUUAUGCAUAUUAUCCUUUGCUCUUUAAUUACAUCUUUUAUCUGUCUCAUCCUGUUCCAAUAUACACAUCUGAUUUGGCUUAUAUUGUCUCAGAUCUACAUAUGUCUGAAUGUGCUUACUGUCAGGAUCUGCCCACUGGUGUGGAAGGAGAAUUGCUUUGGCUAGAGUAGUAGCCGCAAUCUGUGUCAGAUAGUUGUUUGCAACAUGGAGAUAGGUCUUAUUCUCAUCUUCCUUGGAGCCCUGUAAAGCCUGAUAAAUACCUAAAAUUAAUCUGAUCAUUUCUUGUUCCUUUUUAUGUCUUUCAUCUUGGCCCAGAAAACCAGGAAGCUGCUGUGUGCUUAUGAUUACCUUAUAGUCAAUGUUUAGUAUUGCAAACAUUAACAUUCAUCUGUACUAGCAUACUGUGUCCACUGUGAAAUUUUCAACAUUGUAAAAACCUAAGAUCAUUUAACGUUACAAGUUUACUUUUUUCUGACUAAUUUAUCACUGAUUUUUUUUCAUUAUUGCAAAUGAACAAUUUGAGUGUAGCAUCUCUUAAUGUUUACUGUAGUGGCUAAACAUACUGCAGUAUUUCACCUCUUGAUGAAGGGAACUUUCAUUGCAGAACACACCGGCUGGAAUGCUGGCCCCAUUGAAGUCAAUGGCAAAAGCCCCAUUGACUUCAAUGGGGACAGGAUUUCAUCUGCUGGCUUUAAUGGCAGGAAAGAUGGACCCACCAGUGAGCCAAGGGGUUAGUAGCUAUGACAGAGGUUAUGGGGGAGCACAUCAGUAAUUCUCUGUUCCCAGAUCUUAGUUUCAUUUCAACUACUAUUCAGUCUAACAAAAAAAAAUAAAGACAGACACUUGAAAGGGAAUCGUAUACUACUAGUUUGUACUAGGUUUUUUUCAGGAAAAAGGAAACAAAUAUAUAUAUAUGCAAUAUAUUUUUACACUGUUUAAUAAUGCUAUAAAGUAUUAAAUAUAUCACUUUAUCAGUGUGAAUGUUAAAGUAAUGACAAUGUUGUGGAUGUUUAAACCUUUUAAAGUUGUCUGGCUGAUUUCUAAAACCACGUUAACCAUGGACAAGCUACUUUGUCAAGUAAACAACAUUAUUCCUGAUGUUUAGAGGAAAAGUUCAAGUAUGGCAGUAGUCUGUUUAGCACUGUAAAAGCUUGUUUUGAAAACUUUUAGUAAACUUCAUAUUGUGUACGCCAUUGUUUCUUAGGAGUAUAGCUUUUCAUAAUGUAUGCUACUGCUGCUGAUUGUAAAAAAAUUGUAUCUUAAGGCAGUUAAGUGAUCAAUAAAUCUGUUAAUACAUGUUA